GCUUGUUUCUGGUGCAGGUGAUAUUAAAAUUACAAAAGAUGGAAAUGUAUUAUUACAUGAAAUGCAAAUUCAACAUCCGACAGCUUCUCUAAUUGCCAAAGCAUCUACUGCUCAAGAUGAUGUUACUGGAGAUGGUACAACUAGUACUGUUUUGAUUAUUGCAGAACUUUUAAAACAAGCUGAUAUUUAUAUUUCUGAGGGUCUUCAUCCAAGAGUGCUUACAGAAGGUUUUGAAUUAGCUCGAAUCAAAACUUUAGAAAUAUUAGACUCUCUGAAAAUACCAAUUGAGCCUUCAAAAGAAAAUUUAAUGAAUGUUGCUAGAACAUCACUUAGAACUAAAAUCCAUCCAUCUAUAGCUGAUAAGUUGACAGAAAUAUGUGUGGAUGCUGUUUUGGCUAUUAGACAAAAAGAUCAGGAAAUCGAUUUGCACAUGAUUGAAUUAAUGGAAAUGCAACAUAGAACUGCAGCAGAUACUAGUUUGAUUCUUGGUAUUGUAACUGAUCAUGGAUCUAGACAUCCAGAUAUGCCUAAAAGAGUAGAAAAUGCUUACAUAUUGACUUGUAAUGUUAGUUUAGAAUAUGAAAAGAGUGAGGUAAACAGUGGAUUCUUUUACAAAACUGCUGAAGAACGAGAGAAAUUAGUCGCUGCAGAGCGUGAAUUUAUUGAUAAUAGAGUAAAAAAAAUAAUUGAAUUAAAAAAGAAAUUAUGCGAUGGAACGGAUAAAUCAUUCGUCGUUAUAAAUCAAAAAGGCAUUGAUCCGCAAUCUUUGGAUAUGCUUGCUCAAGAAAACAUUUUGGCUUUGCGUAGAGCAAAACGUAGAAAUAUGGAACGUUUAGCACUGGCUUGUGGUGGAACAGCUAUGAAUUCUUUCGACGAUAUAAAGGAAGAACAUUUAGGAUGGGCUGGACUUGUAUAUGAACAUGUAUUGGGAGAGACAAAAUAUACGUUCAUUGAAGAAUGCAAGAAACCAAAUUCUGUAACAAUUCUAUUGAAGGGACCAAAUAAAUAUACUUUGGAACAAUUAAAAGAUGCUGUAAGAGAUGGUCUAAGAGCUAUUAAAAAUGCUAUUGAUGAUUGUGCUGUUAUUCCUGGUGCUGGUGCUUUUGAAGUAGCUGCUAGUCAAACACUCCAUCAAUAUAAAGAAAAAGUAAAAGGAAAACAACGUUUAGGUGUACAAGCUUACGCGGAAGCUAUACUUAUUAUUCCGAAAACUCUUGCUGUAAACAGUGGAUUUGAUGCACAAGAUACAAUUGUUAAAUUAUUAGAAGAAAGAUCUGCAUUAGGUGAAGCAGUAGGAUUAGAUAUUUCUACAGAUGAAGCAUUAAAACCCACGGAUGCUGGUAUUUAUGAUAAUUAUAAUGUGAAAAAGCAAAUUAUUAAUUCAUGCACGAUCAUCGCCAGUAAUCUUCUUUUAGUAGAUGAAAUUAUGAGAGCAGGAUUAUCUUCUUUAAAAGGUUAAAACAAAUUUUUCAUGAUUUGAAGUUCUCUCAUUUAAUUCAAAUUUUAUAUAUGCUCGAUUUCUAUGAAUUUUUGCGUAAUUUUUGAAUUUAUAUGCUUUAAAUAACAAAAGAAUUGUUUAGCAUAAAAAAUAAAAAUAUUUUAUAUAGAAGAAAUAAUACUUUUAAUAUUUAAAAAUAAUAAAAAUAUUUAUUCUUGAACUUUUUAUUAUUAAUUAAGAUGUAUAAUUCCAGAUUAAAAGAUAUUCAAUUCGAUUUAUUGUAUAAUUAAUGAGAUAAAUAAAAAAAAAUUAAUUGUAUAAA